UGCAGAACUACAACUCCCAACACCGCACAAAGGCUAGCGUUCAUUCAGUGGGUGUUGUUGCAAUGGUGGUGUCGGUGGGACAUUGAAUGACUUUGGCUCCAUCACGAAGAUAGCUGCUUUAUUCAUUUUUAUUCAUAAACUGCGAACAUGGAGGCUCUUAUUCCCGUAAUAAACAAGCUUCAAGAUGUGUUCAACACAGUGGGUGCGGAUAUCAUACAGCUGCCGCAGAUAGCAGUAGUGGGGACUCAGAGCAGUGGCAAAAGCUCAGUGCUGGAGAGCCUGGUGGGCAGGGACCUGCUGCCACGUGGGACUGGUAUCGUAACCAGGCGACCUCUUAUCCUCCAGCUGGUCCAUGUAGAUCCUGGAGAUGCAAGGAAAAAUGAUGAAAGUGGUAGAGAAGGCGAAGAGUGGGGCAAGUUUCUGCACACCAAAAAUAAGAUCUACACAGAUUUUGAUGAAAUAAGGCAAGAAAUUGAAAAUGAAACGGAGCGACUAUCAGGGAACAAUAAGGGGAUAAGUGAUGAACCCAUUCAUCUGAAGAUAUUUUCUCCUCACGUUGUCAACCUCACAUUGGUGGAUCUGCCAGGAAUCACUAAGGUGCCUGUGGGUGAUCAGCCUAAGGACAUUGAGGUCCAGAUAAGAGAUCUGAUCCUGAAGCACAUCUCCAACCCCAACUGUAUCAUCCUGGCUGUCACUGCGGCAAACACGGACAUGGCCACCUCUGAGGCCCUCAAGGUGGCGCGGGAGGUCGACCCUGAUGGCAGGAGGACACUGGCUGUGGUGACCAAGUUGGACCUGAUGGACGCUGGCACCGAUGCCAUGGAUGUGCUAAUGGGAAGAGUCAUCCCUGUCAAACUGGGCCUCAUUGGAGUGGUCAACAGGAGCCAGCUAGACAUCAACAAUAAAAAGUCUGUGGCUGAUGCCAUUAAAGAUGAACAUGCUUUCCUGCAGAAGAAAUAUCCAUCGCUGGCCAACAGAAAUGGAACAAAAUACCUGGCCAGAACCCUUAACAGGUUACUGAUGCAUCACAUUCGAGACUGUCUCCCUGAGCUGAAGACACGGAUCAACGUCCUGGCAGCCCAGUACCAGUCCCUGCUCAGCAGCUACGGUGAACCUGUGGAAGACCAAAGUGCCACCUUGCUCCAGCUCAUCACUAAGUUCGCCACAGAAUACUGCAACACCAUAGAGGGCACGGCCAAAUACAUUGAGACGGCGGAACUGUGCGGUGGAGCCAGAAUUUGUUAUAUAUUCCAUGAGACUUUUGGCAGAACAUUGGAGUCUGUGGAUCCUCUGGGAGGACUCAGCACCAUAGACAUCCUAACAGCCAUAAGGAACGCAACCGGCCCCCGUCCGUCCCUGUUUGUGCCCGAGGUUUCCUUUGAGCUGUUGGUGAAGAAGCAGGUGAAGCGCCUGGAGGAGCCCAGUUUGCGCUGCGUGGAGCUGGUCCACGAGGAGAUGCAGAGGAUCAUCCAGCACUGCAGCAACUACAGCACACAGGAGCUGCAGAGAUUCCCUAAGCUACACGAGGCUAUCGUGGAAGUAGUCACCUCCCUCCUCAGAAAGAGGCUGCCCAUCACCAAUGAAAUGGUGCAUAACUUGGUUGCUAUAGAGCUGGCCUACAUCAACACCAAACAUCCAGACUUUGCAGAUGCCUGCGGGGUCUUGAAUAACAAUAUAGAGGAGCAAAGGAGGAAUCGGAUGAGAGAGCUGCCCCCUGCAGUGCCCAGGGAUAAGUCUGUUGGCAGAGGCCUGGCCGGCCCAACUGUGGUUUCUGGCGAGCCCCCUGCGUCUGGAGCAGACAUGGACGGUGCCAAGGCUGCAGCAACAGGCCCCCAGGGCGAGCAGGAUACAACAGGGACCUGGAGGGGGAUGCUGAAGAAAGGAGAGGAAGCCCCCGGCUCUGGACCUGGGAGCCCUCUUAAAGGAGCUGUCAACCUACUGGAUGUGCCUGUGCCGGUUGCCAGGAAGCUGUCAUCACGUGAGCAGCGGGAUUGCGAGGUCAUCGAGCGCCUCAUCAAGUCUUACUUCCUCAUCGUUCGCAAGAAUAUCCAGGACAGCGUGCCGAAGGCAGUGAUGCACUUCCUGGUCAACCAUGUGAAGGACAGUCUCCAGAGCGAGCUUGUUGGCCAGCUGUAUAAAUCUGGCCUCCUCAACGAUCUGCUGACUGAAUCAGAGGACAUGGCCCAGCGGCGCAAGGAGGCUGCCGACAUGCUACAGGCAUUGCAAAAAGCCAGCCAGGUGAUUGCUGAGAUCAGGGAAACACAUCUGUGGUGAAAGAUCAACAAAGGGAGCUAAACCUGAUCUGUUAUCUCCUCAUCAUGCCUAAUGGACUGACCAUUCGUGCACUCGUCAGGUCUGAACAUGAAGUUUUGGAUUCCUAGCCAUGAAAAUGCACUGUUCGGACCCCUGCUCUCAUGUACAGUAGGUACCAUAGUAGCCCACAAUCUACCUGAAAGAAAAUGUAAAUCAGUUGAAGCUGUUUAUUUAAAAUGCUAAGUGUUGUUGAGUAUAUGAAAAUGCACUGCCUUUGUUGGCUAAUGUUCAAGGUAAGAUUUUAGAAACCGUAGUUGCCCCACCCCCUCUCACGGCUCCUGGAGGAAUCCAGAGUGCAGCCAAAAGCAAACGUUAGGUUUUUUGACAGAUGGUGACGGUUAAUCAGAAUAGAAAUGGACUUUUAUGUGAACCGGAAAAUAAGGUUUUGCUGCCUUUUUUUGCAGCUACACAAAGCGUUCUGGCUUCAGAUUCUAAAAAGAAAAAAAAAUAAAUUAUCACCUCCUCAUUUGCAACCUUUUCAUUUAUGAGUGGCUGUCGUGUCAGAAACCAUAGAACCUCACACAGUCGGGGCAGGGGUUGGUUUGAAUUAGAAUGCGUAAGCUCCUGAUUUGCAGCAAAUCUUAGUCCUACCUGUGUACAUACUCCAUCACUUUAGUUUUUUUUGCACUGUUGUCAGCACACUGUUCUUUAUAGAAGGCCCAUCAUCCUGACACUGUAUUGCCAUCAGAAUCUUUAUUUAUUAAUGUUAUUUAAGUGUGUGGAUAAUGUAAACUAUUGCAGCUUGCUGUGGUAGGUCAUAUAAUUAUGUUUACAUAUCGCUGCCAAUAAGUGAUAUUUAUGGUGCACUGUGGUUCUGUGUAUGGUUCCCAAAAGAAUAAACAAAGCUAUUUUAUUGCCAGCUGAA